UUUUUUUGUUCUGUGUUUCAGUUCAAAAUGGCGACUAUUUAGCGCCACUAUGUCAAAUUUUUGAUGAAAUUGUAAAUUAAAAACAGAAGAGCUUGUGCUAGACUAAAUUUACAGUGUUUUUUAUAAUAUAUGGCAGUGCUUUUAUCAAAUGACAUAAUUUUUUCGAGGCUAGCUUGAUAUUCCGAGGCAAUAUAAUGGUUGUUUGACUACUGAUGUUUGAAUGGGCCUAACAAAUCACCUUAUUUUGAACGAUUGUGGACCAUUGGAUGAGAUAUUUUCGAUGUAGUACCAAGGAAUCAAAGUAUCAAAAGAUAUGGCGAACGUAGUAUAUGAUAUGGACACCUCUGGUGGUCUUAUGGAUCAAAUCCAAGCCCUAAUAGCUCCACCUACUGAUGAUGAUAUUAAAGAUGCUCAACAACAACAACAUCCGUACUUCCGCAGACCUGGUAAAGGUCAUAAUCAUGACAGUUGUGAUGCUUGUGGAGAAGGGGGCGACUUGAUCUGCUGUGAUAAAUGUCCUUCAAGUUUUCAUCUCCAGUGCCAUGAUCCUCCUCUGGAAAGUAAUGAUAUACCAUUGGGAGAGUGGUUAUGCCAUAGUUGUAUAUAUGCUAAAACACAAAAUCCAGUGCCUCUAACAAGAAGCAAAAGGUCUUGCUCAACAGACAGUACCUUAGCAAGACCUUCAAAAAAAUUAAAAUUAUCACCAAUGGACCUUUUAAUAGAGGUUGCAAGUUCAAUGAAUCCAAAGCAAUUUGAAUUGCCACGUAGCAUGAGUGUGCCUUGUGACUUUCCUGGUACAGAUAGAGAUAUUUCAGAAGUGCGUAAAAACCAGAGGAACUCCAGAGAAUAUGACAAAACACCAAGUGGUCUUGUUCCACUCCCUGCUAAAAAAUGUUAUGGAUGUGGAAAAUCAUGCAGGGUGGCACCUUUGAUAGCUUGUGAUUAUUGCUCGCUAUACUUUCAUCUUGACUGUUUAGAUCCUCCUCUUACUGCACCCCCUUUGACAAGAUGGAUGUGCCCAGUACAUGUUGAACAUGCUCUGGACUCCAUUCUUUUGAAGUCAACUUCUUUGACAGAAAGAAUAAAGUUGUGGGACAAAUUUGCAAGUGAGCCAGUGGAUCAGCAUGCAAUUAAAUUAGAAUUCUUCAGAAGAAUUAACAGAAAACAUCCUCCGUUCAGGUUCAAAACUCGGUUAACCAUGAAAAACAGGGCUAAAAUUCCUGAGAUGGUUAAAAACCACUAUAAAAAGCCAGUAAAUCUCCUUCCAAGCCUGAGGGAUGUUUUGAGGGUAUCAGUUGUUGAAGAUGAGAAGCAGUUAAGUGACAUAUAUGAUGGCAAAAAUGAGAAAGAGCGGUGUUCAAGAUGCAAUGCGUGUAAUGAUGAUAAAACACAAUGUUCAUGUAAUAAAGAUAUCAAACUUGAAGAAGCAAAAAUUGCUGUUGUUAGUGAUAGUGUUCAGAAUGUUAAAAAAACUGAAAGUUAUAGUGUCGACAAAGAAAGAACUGUUAAUGGGUUUUUAAAAAAUGAAUGUAUAAAUGGUAGUUUUUACGAUGAUAUUGUCAAAAAGGAAUACUGUGAUGUAAAUUUAGACCAUUUGGAUGAUAGACUGAUAAGACUGUUAGCAUAUCAACAAAUUCAGAAUAUCUUAAACCAGCCCAACAAAUCUGAAGAGUUUGCUCAUUGCCUGAAUUCGAACAAAUUGAAAAAUAUGCCUUUGCCUAGCGAACUAUUGACGCCUGCUGAUAUUGAAAGAAUAAGUAAGGUUUUCUCCAGCCCAAAGAGGAAAAAAAUUAAGUCAACUUUAAGGGCUCGUGCCAUUUUAUGUCCUGUCGUCUCUAAGCAUUUCUACAAUGUCAGGACAUCUGAGGUUGAUCCUACUGAUGUUAGACACGAUGCCAGCUAUAUGGGUUAUAGACCGACCGUUUCGACACGAUUUCCGGAAGCUGUGGCUAUGAGAUAUCGUGUUCUUAACAUUGGAAAGGGGUCAACUAAUGACGUAGAUCUAGAGAGAUUUGGACAUUGCAACUACUUAUCCCCAAAACAUGCUGUAAUUUUUUAUGAUGAAUAUUCCAAACAUUACGAAUUGAUAAAUUACUCCCAACAUGGCACAUACGUCAACAACAUAUUCUAUUCUAACGAGAGUCAGAUACAUAGGCUACAAAAAUGUACAAAUCAGGAAGGAGGGGCCCCAGUUAAUGGAACCGCUGCAUCAUCUGACCUAACUUCCCCUCUGGAAAGCCAGGUAAGGGAAAUGAUUGACAAAAAGAGGAAAGUGUGCAGGACCAAGAAGAAUCCUUUCGAGGCAAAGAUGACUGCUCUGGAUGGCACAGAAAGGUCUGAAUGUUGCUGUAACGUCGAGGAGGGUAAGACUGGAUGGGAAGGCUCUGCGAUCUUGAACCAUGGGGCCUUGCUGAAGUUCGGUUGCGUCUCAUUUGUGUUUUCCAUAGUGGAGUGUGUUGAAUGAUUGCCCUUUUUUUCGUUGAAAUUACUCUAUGAAUGUUUUGUUGGAUCGUUGCAGUUUUUUCAAGUUUUAAACAGGGAGUUUGUUCUGAGCGUUUUGAGAUCUUGAAAUACAUUUUUUUUUAUUUUAUGCAAUAGCUUAACCAAGAAGUCUGCAGGAAUUUAAAGUCGGUGGUUAUAUAAAGUUCCGAUAACAAAUUGUUCUCAUGUCGAAGGUAUCUCAAAUUAUCGUAAUAAGUCUGCUUUUGAGAUUUCGAGAGCUGUCCGGAACUGCAUCAUAAUGUUUGAGGAGAUAAUUAUUUACUUUAAAAAUAAGAUGAAUUUGUGUUGUACUUGAGUAAUUGAAUUUUUCAUUGGUGACAUUUAAUUUUUCGUUAUUGUAUAGUUUGAGUGAAAAAUCCUUUUACGAUGGUCAGAGUAAUUCAUUUAUAUUUUUUUCCUAAGAAGAGUUUUAUUAUUGUAUAUAUUUUAUAAUGUGUAAUAUAAAAUCAAGUUAAGGUGUUAUAAAUAGUUGAAUAAAAAAAUUUUUAAAUGAAA